AUGCUUUGCAAAGGGCUGCUUUCCAGAACGCAGGACACGCUGGGCAGCGGCUCCGCCCGGGCGUUUUACAAGGGCGAGCUGAUCAACGAGCUCUUGGAGUGCUGCAACCUGCAUCAGCUGCGAAAGCUUCGAAUCAUCUUCGAGGACGAAGCCGCCCGGCGCGCUCACUUCAAGAAGGUCAGCGUGGUCGCCUUUAGGAGCUUGAUGGCUGACGUGGGUGUGCGCUCUUCGCUUAUCGAGGACUACGUUCGCUGCGACAAGGAGUCGGACCUGAUCAGCUACGACCUCUUGCUGAACGAGGCGAUCCAGGAGAAAGAGCUGCGAAACUUGCAGGCUGCAACGAACCUGUUCAAUGAGAUGGAUGUGAGCAGACGGGGCUGCCAGACUCAGACAAACACUGUAAACUUUACUGUAAACCCCGUGCUGGUUUGAGCCGAGUCGUCCAGUGGCCACU